AUGGGAGGCAGCCCCAGGGGUGGCGGACGCCCUGGAGAGAUGCGGGAUGCACCCCGGGGAGGCGCUGAAGCUGAUAUAGCAAAAGGAAUUCAGAGAAAUAUUGAGUUUCAACAAAUUCCAAAGAAGAUAGCUGAUCUUCAAAAGCAAUUCGAGCUGAUGAAAGAAGCAAGAAUGAAGAAAACAACAUUUCUGAAAAAGACGCGGUCAGCCGUUUCUGAUGAAUUUAAAAACAUACGUAAACAUAUCAACGAAAUCCUUGACAAGAUUGAGAAGACAACUUUACAGGACAUAGACGAAAUGAUAGCUGAACUAAAGAAAGAUAUCGAAACUUGUGAUAAAAUGACUAUCGAAUUGCAAAACAUGAUUGCCGCUUUUCAAACCGAAGCAAAGUCAAGCGAGCCAAAAUCAUAUAUUACGUACAGAAAGAGUCAGGAUAUGAUUUCACAAGCAAACGUUCAUGUUCGUGGCAUAUCAGCCAUUGAGUGUUACAAUGUAGCAUUUCAUGCCAAUAUUCUUAUAGAAGAACUUUUAUUUUCAAUAAAGACGUUCGAAUCGAUUGUUAUUACCAAACUGCAAGAAGAUCCCCUUUCCGAUCCAAACCACGUCUUCAGUGUUGCAGAGUACAAGGAGUACAACGUGAAGAUGAGAGACGACGAACAUCAAUGUGAUAUCAAUGGCGUAUGUGAAAUGCCUAGUGGAGAGUUUGUCAUAGCAGACAAGGGUAAUUGUAAAGUGAAGAUCAUGGACAAGGAGUACAGGGUGCUCGACUACUGUGAUGUCCCAAGGAAACCAUGGGACGUGUGCCACAUCAACGGAAAUGUAGUUGCCGUUUGUGUUGACGGUUAUAAUGCGUAUACAGGAGCACUUUAUUUCAUUAAUGCUACGGAAGGGAAACUCGUUACUACGCGGAAGUUAAGUUUCAACCAUCGAUGUUAUGCCGCAGCUCAUCAUGGUGGCCAGCUCUACAUCUCCUCCGGUAACGCACUUUACGUCUACACGAUGUCGGGACAGGAAGGUAAGAAACUGUACAAGGACAAGUCUGGUGGUACCACAGUGUGGAAAUGUGCCAUCAGUAUCGACGGGAAGACAAUCUACAUUACAAACGGCGAUGCACAUCAACUGAUCACCCUGGACAUCAACGGCAAAGUGCUGGCUUCUCUUACUGACCCUGACCUUAAAACCCCUAGCGGAGUGCACGUGACAUCUGCUGGUCACGUGUUCGUCUGCUGCCGGGAAAGAGUGCUUCAGGUUGACAAAGACGAGAAUAGGAAGUUGGCUACCCUGGCAAGGGAAGAAAACGGAUUGUACGGACCACGUGAUUUAUUAUUCAGCAGCCGCACUGUCUCCCUGAUUGUCGGCGAAUACAAAGACACACUUCUUGUUAUCAAGUUAAUUUAA